AUGCUGUCUUACAAUCUGGACCAGUAUGCGAUUGACAAGUACAGCGAAGCUUUAGAGGUCAUUCCGCACACGCUAGCAGAGAAUGCCGGCAUGGACGUCACUGAGAUCCUCUCCCUCUCUCCCCUCUCCCCUCCUCGUCCAAUCUCCCCUACUUUCAGUCUGGACCAGUAUGCGAUAGACAAGUACAGCGAGGCCCUAGAAGUGAUUCCGCGCACGCUGGCGGAGAAUGCCGGCAUGGACGUCACUGAGAUCCUCUCUGCGCUCUAUGCCGCCCACUCCGGUGGGCCGGACGGCACGGGCGGCAAUUUCCGUGUGGGAGUGGAUGUCACGGGUGCGGGUGUGAGGGACCUCACAACUGACAACAUCUGGGACCUGUUUGCCACAAAGUAUUGGGCCAUUCGAUUUGCUGCAGACGCAGUGACUACUGUGCUUCGAGUGGACCAGAUCAUCAUGGCCAAGGUUGCUGGUGGCCCUCGUCGAGGCGACAGGCCAAUGGAUGAGGGAGAAGAUUAG